AUGUCUUUAGAUUUAAAUGGUACUGUGACGGGAACCGGAACUGGUGGUAACUCGCUCGACACGAACUUGAACGCUCAGUUCGAUGCGGCUGAUAUGGUCUGGGUCGGCACUUCUGCUGCGCUAGUAUGGAUCAUGGUACCAGGUAUCGGUUUGCUUUACUCUGGUCUGUCGCGUAAAAAACAUGCCUUGUCGCUACUGUGGGCAUCUAUAAUGGCCGUGGGUGUUGUGUCCUUCCAAUGGUUUUGGUGGGGCUACUCGCUGGUUUUCUCUCACAACACCAGAGGUAACGGUUUUAUUGGUACUUUGCAGUUCUUUGGUUUCAAGGACGUCUUGGGAGCUCCAAGCUCUGUGAGUUCGGUUCCUGACAUCUUGUUCGCCUUUUUCCAGGGUAUGUUCGCUAUGGUUACCGGUAUUUUGAUGGUGGGUGGCUCUUGCGAGCGUGCCCGUCUGUUCCCAAUGAUGGUUUUCUUGUUCUUGUGGAUCACCAUUGUUUACUGCCCAAUAGCCUGCUGGACAUGGAACGCCGAAGGUUGGUUAGCCUCUUUGGGAGCCCUUGAUUACGCCGGUGGCGGACCAGUACACAUCUGUUCUGGUCACGGUGCCCUCAUCUAUGCACUCAUCUUGGGUAAGAGAAAUGACCCGGUUGCCAAGACUGGCAUGCCAAAAUACAAGCCUCAUUCUGUUACCUCAGUAGUUCUCGGUACGGUGUUCUUAUGGUUCGGCUGGUUCGGCUUCAACGGUGGUUCUGCCGGUAAUGCUACCAUCAGAGCCUGGUAUUCGUGUGUCAACACAAACUUGGCCGCUUCCUGUGCCGGUUUGACCUGGAUGUUCAUCGACUACUUCAGAUUUGGUCGCAAAUGGACUACGGUCGGUCUAUGUUCCGGUGCCAUUGCCGGGUUGGUUGGUAUCACCCCUGCUGCUGGUUUUGUUCCCGUGUGGGCCUCUGUUAUCAUUGGUAUUGUCACUGCUAUUGGCUGUAACUUUGCCGUUGACUUGAAGGCUCUACUUCGCAUUGACGAUGGGCUUGACGUCUACGCUUUGCACGGUGUUGGAGGUGCUAUCGGUUCCGUGAUGACGGGUAUUUUUGCUGCAGACUACGUCAAUGACUCUGCCGGUGCUGAAGCUAUUCCAAUUGACGGUGGCUGGAUCAACCACAACUACAAGCAAGUUGGUUACCAGUUAGCUGCUAUCUGCUCAGUUGUUGCGUGGACUUGUGUGGUCACGGCAAUCUUGCUGUUGAUCAUGGACAGAAUCCCAUUCUUGAGAUUAAGAUUGAGACCUGAAGAAGAAGAAUUGGGAACUGACGGCGCUCAGAUUGGCGAGUUCACGUACGAUGAACACGAAAUGUACAUUCCAGAGCCUAUCAGAUCUCAUACUUCUGCUCAAGUCCCUCAGCCAACAACAGCUAUCGACGAUAACAUCAAUGGAAACAGCGACAGUUCGCCUAGCACUGACCACACUGGUCAUCCAACUGAGAAAGUCAUUGUUUAA